AUGUCAGAAGAGAAGAAGGUUGUACAAGAGACCACUGUGGUCGUACAAGAAACCGUAGUCGCGGAAGAGCCAGCUCCAGCUCUUCCUACCAGUGAACCUCCAAAAGAAGAUGUUGGUAAACCUGCUGAAGCUGAGCCGGCUGAAGAGGUAGCGAAAGAGGAGAAACCGGCUUCGCGCAUCUUUAAACGACCUACUUUGAAAUGGGGAAAGAAGCGCGACGAGCAUGCUGCUCCUAAAGAGCCAGAACAGGCUAGGGAUAUUCGCGAAGAUGCCCUCGGCUGGAUUGCACAGCAGAUCCCUCCAGCUGUUCACAAGACCAAAAUGUCAAACUUUUAG